CUUCCGUUUUAAACGUCUGGCAAGCUUUAUUAACACCGGAGGUCAGCUACAGCGGCAUUAGAUUUGGUAACAACAUGUCAAGUAUGGGUGCACGAGUAACACGCAUGUUUAGAAAUUUUAAUCUAGAAAACAGAGCACACCGAGAAAUAUCGAAAGAAAAGCCUUUGGCAGCACCUCGGCAUUCUGUCAACAUUGUUCCUGCUCCAAGUACUGAGGUCACAGAGAUAACGGAAGACAUCCAUAAAAGGAAUGAUCCCCUCUUAUCGUUGUUGAAGUCUGUGUAUGUGGAAUCAAACGAUCCAACGACAGAGGAACCCAAGCAAGUCACUGAGGGGACAAACGCGGGUCGCAGGAAGUUAAAGUUCAGCCUGCCAGGGUCUCCUUAUGGCAUUGUUGAAAUCACAGACGUUCCCAAAGGCAAAUUGUCCAUUGUUGAAGCCCUCACAGUUCUCAAUCAUCACAAACAAGAACCCCAAAGAUGGACCCCGGACAAGAUUGCUCAGGAGUACUGUCUUGAUCCAAAAGACUCACAAGCGCUCUUAGAAUUCUUCAUCCCCUUCGAAGUGAAGAUCAUACCGCCCAAGACUAAGGAUACAAAACAGAUCAAAGAUAAUUAGGACCAAUAUGUAUUAUUCCUGGCUUCAAGACCACCCAAGUUGUUUGUCAAGUGUCUUAUGAAUUAUUUAUUGAUGUAUAAAAACAAGGUUGUCUGCUUUGCUUCAAGGUUUAGUGUUUGAAUCAUCAAUGUCUUUGUUGCUAAGAUGUAAGAAUAUAUUUCAAAAUGUACAAAUGUUUAUUAUUCCAAACAUCAUGGUAUUACUCAAUGUAUCCUGCAACAUAAUUUAAAGAGCCUUUGCAUAUUUAACCUACAAAGUUAGGAUGAUCGUUAUUGUAAAAGAACAUUGACAACAUUAAACUUUAAGUUUUGUUCCGUUUCAUGUUCUCAAUUUUUGUUUUAGUGUUCUGUCACGAAAUGUCUCAUUGAGAAAUUGUUUGGUCACUGAAUGUUACAACAUACUGUAUAAGUUCUACAUUAUUGAAUCCAUAAGAUUAUUCAAUUUUUAGUGCUUUUUAGUUUUAGUUGUCAUUGAAUGUUAUGGUAGAAUAAGUUAUUUAGAUGUUUCUUGAUAUAUUGUUAAAACUGAGGAAUCACUUGCACAACAUGUAUUUAAUUCAUAAACGUUUGUUUAUGAAAUUUGACUGCAUGCCAUAUAUUUGGGUUGUCAAUACGUAGGGAGAAUUUGAAAAUAUUCAGUUAAUGAACUGUAGGAAAUCAUAAUUGAUGAUACAUGGUUCAACAACUUUGGUGAGUUCACUGACGACAAUCAAACUAAUGGAAUAAAACCUUAAUGCGACUGAGACUACCACUAUCUCCCUUUAAGCAUGUUCUCGAAAAGUGGAAAGUGGUCCUGUCAUCCGGUUGAUACAAUAAA